GGACGUUGUCAGAUUUGUCUAGCGGGUAAGGUGUUCUGCAGAACAAGAGGGUCGCCGGGUGCACUACUCUCCCCUUACUUGGUGCCGCUCCAUUCAAGGAGAAGGACAUCUUAUCUCCACAGUGUACAAGGUGGCAUCAAUUUCAAGAACAAAAGUAUAGCAUUUCAGUCUGGUAUGAAAAAUCUAUGAUUCUGGACGUGUGCAGGCAGGACCAGGCAGUCAGUGGGCUGUGGAGGGGCUUCAGGAGGCGCUGACGGAUAUCCAUGUUUAAUCCUCCAGGACCGCGGAAAGAGGAAAAACUUUGGAGGCAUCAAAUCUCGAAAAAGAAUUUUCAGAUACCCUGGGUUCAGACACUACCUUACACUUUGUUGAUCGUUGGCUCAGAUUUUGUCCACAAUUGUUCGUAAUAGACUGUUUCUUUCCGGGUUUGAUUCAGACAGGACAGGAUAGUGUCUCGGUCGGGGCCCUACCUCCCCCGCCUCCAUCGCCUGCCCUGUUCUGCUCCUUUCGGCUCUGACCUGACCGGUUGCCCGCCCCGCGUGCAGGUGGUGCUGUUGUUGUUGGUGUUGUUUGCUGGGUUCAUGUAUGUAUCCAGUCAGGGGAUUGGAGAGAAUUGGGCGAUGAUUUUGCUAUAAGGUCCACAAAUUGCGCAACGCUCAACGGAUUAUCUGAAGCGGGGCACUGUCAUUUCGGAUGUCGUGCUUGUCUGCGAGACCUCUUCAUGUAGUUUAGUAGAGGAAUGUGAGUGUUGGCUUCCGAGAGGGGGGCCAGGGCAGCCUGCUUAACCGUGGGUGUGUAUGAUCUGGUUGUCUGUCUGUCCGUCAGGUUCUGCUUAAAAAAAUGGGGCUGGUAGAACAGACAAUUGGAGGGUGGGAGGGUUGGAUUGGGUUCGAGUGACAUCAUGAAUUCUGGGUUUUAAGGCGGUCCUUUUAAAAUUCUCAUCGAGAGGGGGGCAGACGAAGGAAGAGAGGCUCGUGAAGGCGAGGUGGAGCAGGUGGAGGAGUAAUAGUGCCCGGGCUCUUCUAAAUUGACCAAUUAAAAGAAGAAAGGUGGCUGUAGCGGUGUGUGAAGUCAGCGAGGUUGAUGGUUUCCUGUCUGUAAGCGAGAGGAGAAACAAGACAAUUUCACCUGGAAAACGGCAGGAAGACGUUAAGUGGUAGGAGGAAAGAAGAAACACUCAUGGUGGAACAGAGAGCUGCCAUGAAGACACGUUGGGAAGUUGUAAUUUUGCUGUUGCUCCUCCUGGAUCCGCUCAAUGUUAGCGCUAAGAAACACAGAGAAAUCAAAGGGCCCAUUAAAACGGUGGUAGUCCUGGUGAUGGAGAAUAGGUCAUUUGAUCACAUGCUAGGUUGGUUGAAACGGCUCAACCCAGAAAUCGAUGGACUGACGGGUAAAGAAUGCAACCCGACUAACACUUCUGAUCCCAGUGCCAAUCAAGUCUUCGUCACCGACAAUGCGGAGUUUGUGGAUCCGGACCCUGGUCACUCCUUUCAAGCAAUUCGAGAGCAGGUCUUCGGCAAGAAUGAUACCUCUGCCGUUCCACCCCCAAUGAAUGGAUUUGUUCAGCAAGCAAUAAGUAUGGAGUACGAAACAGGCUUUCCAGAGAGAGUUAUGAGCGGCUUUCGUCCAGAAGUAGUUCCUGUUUCCACGGCUUUAGCAAUGGAGUACGCUGUAUUCGACAAAUGGUUUGCCGCAGCCCCCACUUCCACACAACCGAAUCGACUAUAUAUCCACUCGGCCACUUCCCACGGGGCCAUGAGCAAUGUGAGGGCUGAUCUUGUUGCAGGAUUCCCUCAAAAGCCGAUUUUCGAGUCUAUUUCGGAUGCAGGGCUUACUUGGGGGGUGUACUACCAAAAUAUACCAGCCACACUCUUCUUUUCAGAUCUUCGGAAGCUGAAGAAUAUUUUGAAGUUUAAGGACUACAGUCUAUUCUUCAAGCUGCAUGCGAAGAUGGGCCUUCUGCCCAACUACGCUGUGAUCGAGCAGCGAUAUUUUGACUUGAAUUUGUUGCCCGCAAAUGACGAUCAUCCAUCUCACGAUGUUGCUGAGGGACAAAAGUUGAUCAAAGAAGUGUACGAGACACUGCGGGCGAGUCCACAAUGGAAGGAUAUGCUAUUUCUGAUCACAUACGAUGAGCACGGAGGGUUCUUCGACCACGUUCCUACCCCUGUGACUAAUGUCCCUAAUCCCGACGGGUUGGUUGGACCCGAGCCGUAUUACUUUGCAUUCGACAGACUCGGUGUGCGCGUGCCGACUAUUGCCAUCUCACCUUGGAUCAACAAAGGCUCAGUUGUGCAUAAACCUGAUGGACCAACACCCGAUUCCCACUACGAGCACUCAUCAAUUGCAGCAACCGUCAAGAAGAUCUUUGGAUUGGAAGGUUUCUUGUCGAGAAGAGACGCAUGGGCAGGAACAUUCGAACACAUAGUUAAUCAGAGAAGUGAGCCGAGGGAUGAUUGCCCAAUGGACCUUCCCAACCCUCCAUGGUCUUUGAGGCACGUUCCAGCCGAUGAAAGCCGUAAGCUGACAGAGUUCCAGCAGGAACUGGUACAACUGGCCUCUCAGCUGAAUGGAGACCAUGUUCUGAAGGAGUAUCCUAAUCUUGGUAAGACAAUGACUGUGAAAGAGGCGAACGAUUAUGUGAACAACGCAGUUGCUCGAUUUUUCAAGGAGGGUGAAGAGCAGUUGAAAGCAGGAGUGAACGAGUCGACCAUAUUGCAGCUUAAAUCUCUCCGACAGAGUUUCGAGGACUCUCCUCUGACUGGAAAGAAUUGAAGAGAAAAAGUUCUCAAGACCUGGCGGAUUUGGUAUACAUAUGUCUCGUAUGGAAGUUGUGUGAGCUACUGAGAAAUGGAUCGCUGUCUCAGUCAUUCAUCUGAAGGUAGUAGUUGCUGAUGGAGAAGAGAUAUGGAGCAACAAUCUCAAGAGAAACUCCUCCAGAUGAAUCACUGAUACUUAUCAUUUCCUAGUAUUAAUCGAUUACUAAGUUUUACCUUCUAUCUCAGUAGAGCGAAGAAAAAUAUUUAGUACAGGAGAAAAUAUCUAUACCUGCAGCAGUAUGCACUCACAUGAUCAACCUCGGUAGAACUGAGCAUACUGACAAGAUUCCAGAGACAAGUCAAUUCUACAUUUUCCUUUUGAACGUUGUGCAAGAAGGAUCACAACGCAAGCUAGCUUGAAGCAAAUACUAUUCAAAGUCCAUAUGAACUGCGAAGCAUUACUGCUUCUACCGAACGUGAAGGAAGAUCUGGGAUUACUCCACACUUAUUGUUCCCACAACCUUUGACCUGGGAUCUCCAUGUACAUGUACAUCUGCUUGUCCAGACGUGUUGCAUGUCAAACAAUGUGUACAACGCCAUCAGGACGGAAAAGCUGCAGAAACGGCAAUAAACAUGUCCAAGUUGACCUUUGAAAUCCCCAAGACAAUAAUGUCUUGAAAACUGUGAACUCUUCUCAGCAAUCGACCAGUGGAGAAGACGACGAAACAAAUGUCACAUACAUGACUGCGUAUCAGUCAAUACUUUUCCAGUAUGAUCAUACUUUCGGAGACAUUAUUCAGCUACAGCGGAAUGCAUUUCUGAAAAGGCACGACGAUGCGGACAGUCACUGACACUGCCUAUGGAACUGA